CCGCCCCCCGCCCCCGCCCUCGGCGCCGCCGGACGCCCCGGACACAACCGGUCGGCGGGGCCGGCGUCCGGCCUGCCGCCCCCGGGCCCGGCGCCCAGCCUCGGGGCCCUGCACGGGCCCGGGACCCCCGCCGGACCCCCGGGCCCGCCCCCGGACGGCCCCGGGGAGCCCCUCUUCGGCCGCUUCCUCUGCACCCCGCUGGCCGCCGCCUGCCCCGAGCCCCCCGACGACCCCCCGCCCCCGAGGAAGCAGCGGGAGCUGCAGGAGCUGCGGGAGCUGCGGGAGCUGCAGGAGCUGCAGAGCACGGCCGAGCAGCUGCGCCUGACGGCCCUGCAGCAGAAGGCGCGGAUCCGGGCCGACCAGGAGACCAUCGGGCAGCUGACCGCACAGCUGGGCCGCUGCGAGAGCGGCCUGCACCUCGCCCUCCAGGACGGACCCCCGGCCUGGGAACCCCCGGCCUGGGAACCCCCGGCCUGGGAACCCCCGCCCGCCGUCCGAAGGCUGCAGGAGGCCGUCGGCGCCCUCCAGGACCGGAUCGAGAAGAUCGAGCAGGAGCUACCGGCCCGCGGGAACGCCUCGUCCUCCACCCCGCCUCACCAGCCCCGGGAUGCCCUUCACUCCAAGAUGGAGGAGCUGGAGGGCCAGCUGCUGGCCAAGAUCGAGGCCCUGGAGAAGGAACGCUCCUCCCUGAACAGCGACAACCAUCAGCAACGCCAGGAUUUGGAGAAGGAGCUGAACGCGCUUCAGAGCCGGGUGGCCGAACUGGAGCAUGAGGCCCCGGCCUUCAGCCCCCCGGAUGCCUUCAAGGUCAACAUCCCCGUGCGGAACAACUACAUGUAUGCCCGUGUGCGCAAGACGCUGCCCGAACUCUACUCCUUCACCAUCUGCAUGUGGCUCCGCUCCAAGUCCGGCGGGGCGGGGCUGGGCACCCCCUUCUCCUACUCGGUGCCCGGGCAGGCCAAUGAGAUCGUGCUGCUGGAAUGGGGGCACAACCCCAUGGAGCUGCUCAUCAACGAUAAGGUGGCGCAGCUGCCCCUGAACCUGAAGGACGGAACUUGGCACCACAUCUGCGUGGCCUGGACCACGCGGGACGGCCUGUGGUCAGCGUACCAGGACGGCGAGCUGCGCGGCUCCAGCGAGAACCUGGCCGCUUGGCAUCCCAUCAAGCCCCACGGGAUCAUGGUACUGGGCCAGGAGCAGGACACCUUGGGCGGCCGGUUUGAUGCCACCCAGGCUUUCGUGGGUGAGAUUUCCCAGUUUAACCUGUGGGACCACAUCCUGACCCCUGGCCAGGUCCUGGGCAUCGCCAACUGCACAGCUCCCCUCCUGGGCAACGUCGUCGCCUGGGAUGACAAGCUGGUGGAGGCCAUUGGCGGGGCCACCAAGUCGGCCUUUGACGCCUGCAGCCGGAGAGUCGAGGCCUGAGGGGAUCCUCCCCCGCCCCUUUCAGGGGGAUCCCUCAUCCACCUGGGUGAGUGGGAUGGAGGCGCCUUCCCCUCUCCUGAGUCCCAUCUCCUUCCCAUCUCCCUCCAGGUGCCUGGGAUCACCCUCUCUCCCCCAACUUCCUUUUCCAAGCGUCUCAUGUCCUGUUUGUGGGGUGUGGGGGAGACCUUCGAACCUUAAAUCGGGCCCGAGGGCAGGGAGUGGGAGGGAGGGUGGGGGGAAGGAUGGCUGUGCGUCUUGCUCUUUCCUCGGGCAUCCUGGCACUGCCCAAGGCCACGGCUCACCCUGGGGCAAUGUUCCCGGCGGCUAAAGCUGGGGGAAUUGAAGGUUUGGGGGGUGCUAGGUUUAGAAGAGCCCGAGUGGAGGCUUCUUGGGAUCCUCUGCCCGUGCCUUGGUGCCAGCUCGGUCCGAUGCUAGGGACCAGGUGGAGUGGCUAAAGCUCGGUGUGAGGGAUGGGGUUGUGGCUGGGUCCCUCUACACGGGAAAAGACCUGGCCUGCUCAUCCUAUUCUGGAUUCCUCCCGAGGACUUUCCCGUAGAACUGCCAGGGCCCUCCUCCCCUGCCCACCACCGGCUGUCAUCACACCGUUUGGGAAAGGGGCAGCCGAUGGCCCGGGCAGUCGGGUUUGCCCCGGGUGGCUCGAGGGACCAAUGGCUCCCUUCUCCCAUGAGCCGUGAGGGUGCUGAGCUCAGCCUCACAUGAGGGUGCUGAGCCGAGGGCAGCUCGACCCCUGCUGGAAAGCUCUUCUCCCCCACCUCCCCUCCCCACUCCAGGCCCAGCCCUCCAUGCCCCUGUAUUAUGUGUCUUUAUCUAUUUAUUAUUUAUUCUAUUUAUUGGUUCUACUCAUUGUUGGGGCUCCCGGGGAUCCUGGGGAUCGAAGCAGGAAGAAAACUGGAUUUUCCUCCCUCAGUCCCAAAGCCCUGCCUGCCUCGCUCCUUACUCCCUCCUGCCACCCUCCUGCCUUCUACCUGCCACCCUCCUGCCACCCACUUGCCUCCUUCCACCCAUCUUCCACCAGGUCCUCCUGUGGUUUCCACUCCCCGCCCCCACAGCUGCCAUCUGCUCCCAAAUCCGAAACAAGGGAGCCAGUGGUCAGGCCAGAAAUUCAGCAGCCCAGAGAAGCAGCCAAGCCCGGAGAGAGGCCCAUUCGUAUGUUGUCGAGUCCGUUUCUUGCAAGUCCAUUGUGGGGGAGCAGCGAGGGGAGAGGUCAAGUGACAGAAGCCCUCCCUGAGCCCCAGUCCUGCCCUUCCAUUGCCUCGCUCAGCUCGGGGGUGGGGGGCGAACCCUCCAGUCGGGGCCCGGGCCACUGCCCACGUCAGGAGGUCGCUCGGUGGUCCCAGGAUCCGGCCACUGGCUUCUCCUCCUGCCUUACAAAAACGUGGCUUCAGCUAGAGCUGAGCCACCAGGAACUCUUGGGUUUCCCAAAAGCUCCAGCCCCUUGGGAAGCGCCCCCCACCCCAGCCCCAGGAAAGGCCCCCCGCCCCGGCGACUCCCAGCGGCUCAGCCCGGCUCCAGCCGCCAUCCCUGACACUGCCCGACUAAUAUCGCUCGUGGCCGAGCCGGAAACUGCUGGGUUCCGUCAGCCAGGGGACUCGUGACCAACAUUUUCAUCUUAGUACAGCAGCCCCCCAGCCCAGUCCCCCCUCCCCACCCUCUCCACCCGUCCCCCAGCC